UUUAAGAAACCAACGAAAACUGGGUUAUUUGUUAUUUCCAGUGAGCUCUCUGCGGCGCAACUGCGCCCAAACAGCAGCGCUUUACGCUCUUUACGCACGAUGAGUGAUUAUUAUGGAGAUGUGAAGUUUCAUCUUGACCAGAAUAAGCCGUCUGCCGGGGAUGCAGGGAAGGAGGACCCCGAGGAGCAGCUUCACGUCUCAGCCUCUCCAGAGCGCUCCAGCAGCAUUGGAUCCUUUCCCAUCUCUAAACAAAGGGGUAAAAGUCGCACCAAGCAAGGGAAAGAUGAGACGACUUGUUGUGUAAAACCGGUGUCGGACUGGCCAUUGCUUGGCUCUGCUGCAUAUCCUUCUCCCGCUGUGAUAAACUUGAAUAAUCCGGGAUGUGAGCAGGCGCUUCGCAUCAAGGGGACUGGGAAGAUCCUGCAGGGCAAGGCGGAGAGCAAUGGCAACUGUGGCUCCAGAAAUGUGCAGGAAACACACAGCCGUGAGGACGGAUGUGUUUGUUCACUCAAGAGAAAACCCGUGACAGUGGACAUAUCUAAAGCCAAAACCUCCCUAGAGGCCCUGAAGUUGAGCAUCAAGCAGUUGAAGUGGAAAGAGUUUCCUCUGGGAAGACGAGCAGCCUGCGAUAUCUACUGGCAUAGUGCAUCCUUCCAUGACAACGAAAAUAUAAUCUCAGGGCAGGUCAACAAGUUUCCAGGGAUGACUGAAAUGCUGAGAAAGGUCAACCUGAGCAGAGCAGUGCGGACCAUGCAGGAGCUCUUCCCAGAAGAAUACAACUUCUAUCCUCGCUCGUGGAUUCUUCCCGAAGAGUACCAGGAGUUUUCCACACAGGUCUGCAUGGUGAAGAAGGAUGCCACAGUGAACCCCACCUUCAUUGUCAAGCCAGACGGGGGCUCUCAGGGGAAUGGGAUCUACCUCAUCCGUGACCUCAGCGAUCUGAAGCUCAUAGUGGGUUCACAGGCCAAGCGGGCUGUGGUGCAGGAGUACAUACAGACGCCGUUACUCAUCGACAAGCUUAAGUUUGAUAUCCGCCUCUACGUGUUGAUAAAGUCCCUAGAGCCAUUGGAGAUCUACAUUGCCAAAGAAGGUCUGGCGCGGUUUUGCACAGAGGCUUACCAGGAGCCAAGCCAGAAGAAUCUGAGCCAUGUCUUCAUGCACCUUACUAACUACUCCCUCAACGUCCACAGUGGCAACUUUGUGCACUCAGACAGCCAGAACACGGGCAGCAAGAGAACUCUGUCCAGCGUGCUGUUCAGGUUGGCAGCGAAAGGUGUCGACAUCAAGAGGGUGUGGUCGGACAUCAUCGCUCUUGUUAUAAAGACUGUCAUCGCUGUGGUGCCUGAACUCACAGUCCACUAUCAAGCGGAUAUACCGCCUGGCAAACCAGGGCCCACAUGUUUCCAGAUAUUAGGUUUUGACAUCCUGCUGAUGAAGAACCUGAAGCCAAUGUUAUUAGAGGUCAACUCCAACCCCAGCAUGAGAAUCGAACAUGAGCGGGAGGUGGCACCGGGAGUUUUUGAAUAUGUUCCUAGUCCAGUGGAUGAAGAGGUCAAAGUGGGUGUGAUCAGGGACACGCUGCGCCUCAUGGACCCUUUCCAGGAGAAAUCAGUGAGUUCACGAGUGAAGGGUGGUGCGUGUGAAGACGAGGAAGUGGAUUCGGAGUUGCAGAGCAGGAGUCGAGAUGAGAUGGGAAAUCUGCCGUCGCUGUGUCUGAAGCAGGUCUACCCCAAGUACACCAAACAGUUCAACUACCUUCGGCUGGUGGAGCGAAUCACAGCUCUGUUCAUACGCUUCCUCGGGAUCAAGGGCAACAUGCGCCUCGGGCCCACGGCCUUCCGGACCUUCAUCAGAACUUGUAAGCUGAGCAACUUCAGGAAUUUCUCCAUGGCCUCAGUGGACAUCCUCUACAUAGAUAUCACACGUCGCUGGUCAGGACCAGCCCCGAACUCCAAGGAAACAGGAAUGGGGCUGCAGGCGUUUGUGGAAGCCUUUUUCUACCUGGCAGGCCGAAGGUUCAAAUCCCUGGUGCUGAGGGAGCAGACGGUGUCCUUGCUGGAGCUGUGCGAGGCUCAGUUGGGUCCCCACUCAAACGAAGAGAGAAGGUCUCUGAGCUGCAGCAGGGCGCUGCCCCGGACCAUCAAAACCCAGACGCUGUGCCUCUCCAACCCUCAGCUGAACUCUGCAGCUCCUUAGUGAAGGGCAGCCAGCCAGCAAAGACUCAAGCCUUGCACGCUCAGAGCCAGCGUGGAGAACUGUCAAGGGGAGACUCAUCACUGCCUUCAGGAUCGUUGAGAACGCAGCUCUUCCCUUCCUCUGCAAUCCCCCCUGAUGGACUUGUUUGACUGUUUUCAGGGGUAGGAGGACUGGGUGACAAAAUGGGAUAAAAAUAUUU